AUGCGAUCGGCUACGAUAUUAUUUUGUUUUUACGUGAUUUUUCAAAUUGCACCCACAAACCAACGAAUAGUCGACGAGGAUUCUCUAAAUUUAACCAUAGAUGGCGACACAAGCAGUACAAAGAAAAACGGCUAUGAAAAUAUAAAAACUGUUACAUACCAUCGGGCGUCAACACCAAUACGAAUUUUGGAAUGCAUAACGAAGUUUUCAAUUCUACGAUGUUCGAAACUUUUUGUAUUGCAAAAAAUGGAAGGACGACAGAAUUAUCCUCGCAGUGGAAAUCUGACAAAAGACUUUCUUGAUCAGUUUUUUGGGGGAGAUGAUGAAGAAUUGGGUAUGGAAAGUUUGAUUGAGGGUAAAAUCGCGGAGAUACCCGAUGGAGAGCUAACUCAACGAGUGAUUUUGAAUUUUAAAAGAUUUUUUAAAAAUCGUAAUAUUCAGUUGCAUUUUUUGCCAGGAGUUAAAGUGCAAAUUGUGCCGAGCAAAGAGAAUAAAAUUAAAGUGUCCUUGAAAAGGAAUAAACGAAGACACCUUCAAGACAUCGUUUCGGGACGUUCAAAAGGCGAUAGGAAGAAAAUCAAAAGGAAGAAUAAAAAUAAAAGUAAACAUUCCUACAAGGAUUUAAUGAUUCAAAUGGCAGUUCCGGUUAUGGUGAUGCCAGCAGUACUUUUGGGAUCAUUUUUGCCAUUUAUUUUACCAGCCAUAAAAAUGGCAACAUUUAUGUCAACAAUUAUGAAUAAUAGUGCGUUUUUGGCUGCACUUCUUUAUGCAGCAAGGACGCAUGUUAUGAACAGUGAUAAUAAUGAAGCACAGCAGGUUACGUAUUCUGCGCAUGGAGGAUUUCACUAG